AUGAACAAAAACGGAACAGCUAAAAUGAAUGAUAAUCAAAUUAGAGCAGAAGGUAGAAGGUUAUUUAAACGCUUCUAUAACAUUCCUGAUGGUGUUAAUCCUAAAACUCGUAGAAGCUAUUUAAAUGAAGCAAUAGAUGCAUAUGAAGGGUUUGACAUUUCAUCAGAAAGUGAGAGAUUAGCGAGAAUGUUAAAUGUUAAUAUUGAUUUCUAUUAUUGUGAUCCUCAACCAGAAGACGUGGACAUAAAUAAGGUAGACUUUCCAUUAGUGGAAUCAAUAAUGAUAGAUCCAGAAUUUGAAACAGUAAAUAUUUUAUUAACACAGAGUCCAUGUGGAAAACUUCACGCUGACAGAAUAACAGACGUUGAAGCACUCACCGGCUAUAAAGUUUGUCCAUAUUGUAAAGAAGAAGUUUAUUCUAUCCGCGAUGAUCCAGAAAGGAAAAACCAAAGAAGAUUUUUAAAGCAUUGUGAGAAAUGUAAAGAAAAUAAUGGAAGAUUAAUUCAAGACGUUCAAUUGCAAAAGACCCAGCAACCAUAUGCACCACAUAUUACGAAACAGAAGAUAUAUCAGUGGUUAUUAGCUCACAAUUUGCAGGAAUAUUAUCAACCGACAAGAUAUUAUA